UCGCUCUGUCAGCAAGCGUGUGUGUGUGUGUGUGAACGACAACGACGAUGGCUGCACCGACUUCAGUGUGGGUGGGAAACAUUCCCUACGAAGCAACGGAGGAAGAGCUGAUUAAGUUCUUCUCUGCCGUUGGCGAUGUCAAGAACUUCCACUUGAUCACAGACCAGAACACAGGCCGCUCAAAGGGCUUUGGGUUCUGCUACUUUCUCGAUGCCGCUGCUGCCGAGAGUGCUGUGCGUAAUCUCAGCGGACAACCGUUGAGAGAUAGGCCACUGCGCGUGGAUUUGGCGACACCGCGCUCGCAGCGGGAACCGCGCCAUCACGGCCAUCACCACAGACACGACCACGGCCACGACCACGGGCACGGCCGCAGCGCACACGAGCCCGCACGCAAGGACACUGGCGAGCCAGAGGCAAAGCGGUCAAAGUUGUAUGGGGAGAGUGGCCCUGCUGGUGGGAACGCGUCCAAGAUUGCAGACACACUCGAGAAGGCACCCGUGCACAAAGUCCAUCAGACAAUGAAACAAAUGAAGGGCUUUGCCAUGAAGCAACCGCGUGAGGCCAGGGCGCUGCUUGCAUCACAGCCGCAGCUGGCAUACGCCUUUGUGAAGGCGCUGCUGCGUCUUGGCAUGAUUGACACGACGGCUGCUGACAAGCUCACGUCAGAGACGCCGCAGUCAGCGCUACUGCCAACGGGACCGCCGCCACCAGCACCAGCAGGUGUGCCAGCCGCGCGGGAGCAGCGCAUGCCUGCGCGCGACGUGUACGACCGCGGAUACGAGCGGGCCGGGCCUCCACCGCCACAAGCAGCACCCGUGGCGCGCCGGGAGGCAUACGAGCCAGCAUACCCGCCAUAUGACCGGCACGCUGCAGCACCGCCGUACGACGCGGGCCGUCGGGGUGGGCCACCACCACCGCACAGGGGCGGGUACCCGGAUGACCGCAGGGACAGGCACAGGCAUCCAGAGCACGAUGCUGGGCGACGUGGGGCGCCGCCGCCGCCACCGCAGCACAUGCACGCUGGGCGACAGCCGCCGAUGCAGCCUGCAGGCGUCCCGCCACCGCCACCGCACUCGAGCGCGGCUCCCUCCUCUGCAGCACCCAUACCGGGCCAGCCACAGCUGGAUAAGAAGGAGGUCAUUGAGACGGCGCUGCGCAUGUCUGAGGAAGAGAUCAGCCGCAUGCCAGCGCACCUUGCAGAUGCCCUCCGCAAGAUCAGGCGCAAGUUUGGUAUGGCGUAAUGUAAAACCAUGUAAUGAUAUGCCUUGACGAUGCCUUGUCGUCGUGUCGGUGUGUCACUUCGCCUUGCGGUGUGCCCGUGCAUCGCCUGCGCCCACAGUAAACAGCACUGCGCUCGUGCUAGUGUCACGGCUUUGGCUUGCUUCCUGUCAACUGAGCUUCUGUCCUUGGCACCUUGCAGGCUUGCCUUGCAUACAUAUCCCUUCUUGUGAGCGCUCUACGUGUCUCGUGUCGUGUCAGUGUGUGUGUGUCAGUGUGUGUGUGUGUGUGUGUGUGUGUGUGUGUGUGUGUGUGUGUGUGUGUGUGUGUUUGUUUUGUUGUGCCGUGGCUUGAGAACCAAUGAGUGCUUUAUUGUGGUAAACGCAUACACACAUCAUGCAUGGUGGAAA